AUGAAUGAUUAAUUAAACAAUAACNAAUUAUUUGAUAAUUAAGAGACCGAUAUUAGUUUUGCUACGAAAGUAAAUACUUCUUUUAUUAAAAACAAUUGUAUACCUCAAUUUGAAUUAAAUAAAUUAAUUAGUGACACCUUUAAACAUGUAGAUAAGAACAAUAUCGAACUUUCAAGAAUAUUAUUUGCACUUUGGAUAAAAUAUUACGAUCGAUUAAUCUUAAUUGAAAAUGAUUAAAAAAGAAGGGAUGAAUAUCAUAAAUAGAAAGUAAAUAUUUAAAGGCAGCAAUUAUUCAGAAUUAAAAAUUAAGUUGAUUAUAGAAUAGAAUUUUUAUCUCUUAAUGAACUGUGCAGAUAAUUAUUGAAUCAUUUAGAACAUUUUAAUGAAGAUUCAGGAUUGCAAGAUAGAUUGAAAGAUUUUCUAAAAAACAGCAUGAAAAAUAAGUGA